AUGUGGAUGUUAAUUUUAUGUCUCUUUCUUCGAGUCCACGCCCGAGAUCACCAUUAUUAUAAGCCAGAAUGGGAGGAUUUGGAUACACGAACUCUACCCAAGUGGUACGACGUCGCUAAAAUUGGCAUUUUCGUUCACUGGGGCGUGUAUUCUGUACCAGCCUUUAGAAGUGAAUGGUUCUGGUACUAUUGGCGAGAGGAAGACAUUGUAUACUUGGUCGGAAAAGCCGUCAAAACAUAUGAUAUGGAAUUUGGUAUAUAUUAUUCACUCAUGGAAUGGGAGAACAAAUGGUACCAAAUUGAUAGAAAUAAUAAUUACAACACUUCGAUAUUCGUUGAACGCGUAAUAAAACCGGAUAUCAAACAGUUAAUCCUGGACUAUAAACCUAGUUUGUGGUGGUCGGAUGGAGAUUGGGAUGCAGAUCCAUCUUACUGGAAAGCGACAAACUUCCUGGCUUGGCUCUACAACGAGAGUCCUGUCAGGCAUCGUAUAGUAGUUAACGACAGAUGGGGCUCAGGGUCCUAUUGUCACCACGGAGAUUUUUAUAACUGUGAUGAUAGAUUUAAUCCUAAAACAUUACAGCAUCACAAAUUUGAGAACGCUUUAUCUCUUGAUGUUCAAUCUUGGGGUUAUAGACGUAAUAUGGUGCCUUUAGAUACAAUAAGCAUCAGUCAAUUGCUGGGGACGAUUGCAUCUACUGUGAGCUGUGGUGGAAAUGUACUUAUCAACGUCGGGCCGACGAAAGAAGGCGUUAUACCCCCUAUAUUCCGAGAACGGCUUUUGCAGAUGGGCGAAUGGCUUGAAGUUAACGGCGAAGCGAUUUACGAUACCUCGCCCUGGUAUCACCAAAAUGAUAGUCUCAAUCCACACGUCUGGUACACUUGCAAGAAAGAAACAUACGACCCGUUAAGAGUUUCAGAUGUACCGAGAGCAAAUGAUAGUAUUCUAUCGAUUUACGCCAUUUUCUUAUUAUGGCCCGUAGAUGAUACACUGAGUGUGAAGGAUUUGACCAAUUAUAUGAAAAACAAUAAUUAUCACAUUCAAUUGCUAGGACCGGAAAAAUACACUACGUUGGAUUACAACAUAACAUCGGAUGUCGUCAUGGUAAAACUGCCAGACGGUGCCAAUAUGACAAGCAAAUCUGCAUAUGUUUUAAAAAUAUCUUAGCAAGAGAGAGGGUUAUGACCAAUUUAAAUCUCACAC